AUGAGACAUCCAGCUGAUUCUCCAGCUUGGCAAACUUUUGACCAUCUACAUCCAGAAUUUGCUAAGGAUUGUCGAAAUGUUAGAUUGGGGUUGGCAUCUGAUGGGUUUAAUCCAUUCAACAACAUGAGUUCUACACACAGUACUUGGCCUGUGGUUUUAAUACCAUAUAACUUACCUUCGUGGAUGUGUAUGAAGCAACCGUACUUCAUGUUGUCCUUGUUAAUACCCGGACCAUUCUCUCCUGGGAAUAAUAUUGAUGUUUAUCUACAGCCUCUAGUUAAAGAAUUGACCGAAUUUUGGGAUUUUGGCAUUCAAACUUAUGAUGCAUCCCAAAAAGAAAAUUUUCAAUUGCAUGCAGCUCUGUUGUGGACCAUUAGUGAUUUUCCUGGAUAUGCAAUGUUAUCUAGGUGGAGCACUAAAGGUGAAUAUGCUUGUCCUGUUUGUCACAAGUUCACUCAUGCUCGACGGUUGACUCAUAGUUUCAAGCAUUGCUAUAUGGGUCAUCGUAGAUUCUUAGAUAGUAAGCAUAAAUUUAGAAAGCAAGCCCAAUUGUUUGAUGGCACCGAAGAAUAUGGAAAGCGACCACCUUUACAAACUGGGGAUAUGAUUAAUGUUUGUGAAAAUAUUUGGGGGACAUUGCUGGAUAUUGAGGAUAAAGCAAAGGACCAUUAUAAUUCCCGCCGUGAUUUGAGAGAAAUGGGAAUAAGAAAAGAGCUGCAUCCCAUUGAGACAGAACCUAGAAAGGUUUACUUACCUCCAUCUUCCUUUGCAAUGGAUAAAAAACAGAAAACUAUGUUUUGCAAUGUGCUAAAAAAAGUGAAAGUUCCAGAUGGUUAUGCAGCUAACGUCUCAAGAUGCGUUCGAGUAAAGCCACCAAGAAUUUCGGGGCUUAAAAGUCAUGAUAAUCAUAUUCUAAUGCAGCAAUUGAUGCCUAUAGCUUUGAGAAAGACUUUGCCAAAAUCAGUGCGCUAUCCUUUGAUUCGAUUGAGUAGAUACUUCAGGCAGCUUUGUUCUAAAGUUAUUUGUCCUCAAGAUGUGGUUCGUUUGGAAAGUGAAAUUGCCGUUAUACUCUGCGAUCUUGAGAAAUGCUUUCCACCAACAUUCUUCGAUGUCAUGGUGCAUUUAACUAUUCAUUUGGCAACUGAAGUGAAAUUAGGUGGCCCGGUGUAUUAUCGUUGGAUGUAUCCUAUAGAGAGAAAUGAAGAAGUGCAUAAGGAAAUUGAAGAGGGUUUAGAUAUAUUCUCUAAAUCAGGACAUCCUUUGGGGAGGGGCAAGGCAACAGUUUUUGAUGCUCAUAUCUUGAGUAAAGCACAUCAGUAUAUUUUAUUUAACUGUGAUGCUGUCACACCUUACAUAGAGCAGCAUCGUAGAUUGAUAGAAGAAUGGCAUCCUCAAGUUCCACAGCAUCUAAAAGAGCGCUUGCACAUCGAAAAUUUUGCUUGUUGGUUUGCUGAACAUUUAGAACUUCCUCAAAAUGUUUCGGUGUUGAGAGACUUGAGGUUCCUUGCUAAAGGUCCAGAUGUUGUUGGAAUCCAACAUGACAAGUAUGUUGUUAAUGGAUUUCGGUUUCACACCAACGAAGUUGAGAAGAAAAGAAAAACGCAGAAUAGUGGUGUUACAGUCAAUGCAACAACAUCCAGUUUUGCAGGUAUAAGGGAUCAAAAUCCAGUUUUGAGUGAACUAGUCUACUUCGGCGUCUUGAAAAAUGUUGUUGAAUUAAUUUAUGGAGGUCGUCGGGUGGUGUUAUUCGAAUGUGAUUGGAUAUCAAAUGGUUCGAGAAUGAAACAAGAUGCUGAUGGGUUUACUGUAGUCAAUUUUGCAAAUGUGAGGCCUCAUGUUGAGCCAUUUAUACUCGCUUCACAAGCAUCACAGGUUUUUUAUGUGGAAGAUCCAACUGAUAAGGAUUGGCAAGUUGUUAUCUCUACCACUGCAAGAGGUGGAUAUAACAUGGGCACAACCAUGGAUGUUGAGACAUAUUUGCAAAGUGAUGUUGGCAAUCCUGUUGUUGAGAAUGAAAAUGAGGAAAUUAGUUGGGUUCGUGAGGAUGGACUUGGGAUUGAAGUUGAUUUGUCCCAAUAUAAUCUGAUUUAG